GGUGUCAUCGACAUAAGAGAUGUCGUUUCUAGUCUAUCUCUUUCUAUUUCUAUAUUUAUAUAUGGAAAGUUAAAGUUAAAAAAUCAUCAUAUAAUAAUCCAGAAAUUGCAAUACAAACGAAAAAGGGAGGUUUGUGAUGAUUUUUCAAUCUUUUCUACUAGGUAAUCUAGUAUCCUUAGGCAUGAAGAUAAUCAAUUCGGUCGUUGUGGUCGGACUCUAUUAUGGAUUUCUGACCACAUUCUCCAUAGGGCCCUCUUAUCUCUUCCUUCUCCGAUCUCAGGUUAUGGAAGAAGGAGAAGAAGGAACCGAGAAGAAGGUAUCAGCAACAACUGGUUUUAUUAUGGGACAGCUCAUGAUGUUCAUAUCGAUCUAUUAUACGCCUCUGCAUCUAGCAUUGGGUAGACCUCAUACAAUAACUGUCCUAGCUCUACCCUAUCUUUUGUUUCAUUUCUUCUGGAACAAUCACAAACACUUUUUUGAUUAUGGAUCUACUAGCAGAAAUUCAAUGCGUAAUCUCAGCAUUCAAUGUGUAUUCCUGAAUAAUCUCAUUUUUCAAUUAUUCAACUAUUUCAUUUUACCAAGUUCAACGUUAGCCAGAUUAGUCAACAUUUAUAUGUUUCGAUGCAACAACAAGAUGUUAUUUGUAACAAGUAGUUUUGUUGGUUGGUUAAUUGGUCACAUUUUAUUCAUGAAAUGGGUUGGAUUGGUAUUAGUCUGGAUACAGCAAAAUCAUUCUAUUCGAUCUAAUAAGUACCUUGUGUCAGAAUUGAGAAAUUCUAUGGCUCGAAUCUUUAGUAUUCUCUUCUUUAUUACCUGUGUCUACUAUUUAGGCAGAAUGCCGUCACCUAUUUUUACUAAAAAACUGAAAGAAACCCCAGAAACGAAAGAAAGUGAGGAAGAAACAGAACAGGAAGAAGAGGGAUUCACCGAAGAAGAUCCUUCUCCUUCCCUUUUUUCGGAAGAAAAGGAGGAUCCGGACAAAAUCCAAAUCGAUGAAAUGGAAAAGAUCCGAGUGAAUGGAAAGGACAAAACAAAGGAUGAAUUCCACUUGCACUUAAAAGAAGCAUGCUAUAAAAAUAGCCCAACUUCGUUAGAAAUACUUAAAGAAGAAAAGAAAAACUUCUUCGGGUUUGAAAAAUCCCUUCUUUUUCUUCUUUUCGACUAUAAACGUUGGAAUCGUCCAACGCGAUAUAUAAAAAACAAUCGAUUUGAAAAUGCGGUAAGAAAUGAAAUGUCACAAUAUUUUUUUUAUACAUGUCAAAAUGAUGGAAAACAAAGAAUUUCUUUUACAUAUCCACCCAGUUUAUCAAUUUUCUGGGAAAUGAUACAAAGAAAGAUUUCUUUGGAUACAACAGAAAAAUUCUUAUAUGAUGAUGAACUAUCCAAUAAUUGGAUUUCUACAAAUGAACAAAAAAGAAACAGUUUAAGCAAUGAAUUAAAUAAUAGAAUUACGGUUCUAGACAAAGACAUUUUUUAUAUAGAUGUACUCGAUAAAAAAACAAGAUUAUGCUUAGAAAACAAAAAUGAUAAAACUAAAAGGGAAUUUUUGAAAAAAAUACAUGAUCCAUUAUUAAUGGGAUCCUAUCGUGUUUUAAUAAAAAAAAUGGUUUCACCCUUUAUAAAUAUAAAUGAAACUACAGUGAAUAAUUUAAUUGAUAAAUUUUUUAUAAAUAAAAUUCAUAAUGUUUUACUUAAUGAUUCCAAUUAUCAAGAAUUUGAACUUAAAAAACCAAAAAUGAGUCAAUUUGAUGGAGACUCAACAUUCAAUCAAAACAAAAAUUUGUUAUUUUCCGAACAAGAACAAAUUAGUUCAGAAAAUAAAGAAAGAUUUUUCAAUUUUUUAAUUGAUACAACCACAGCAUAUGCGUUUACUCAACCAAUUUCAAAAAGAAUAAACGAAAUAAGAAAAAAAGUUCCUCGUUGGUCACACCAAUUAAUUAACGAGCCCGAACAAUAUGAAAGAGCACUUGAAAAAGACGUGGUGCUGGAUUAUGAAAUCCGCACAAGGCAAUCGAACCCUGUAGUGAUUUAUACGACUAAGCAAGAUAAUAACGAUGCAGACGAAGUGGAUUUGACACAGUAUGCCCAACAAUCUGAUUUUCGUCGAGAUAUAAUCAAAGGUUCCAUGCGUGCUCAAAGACGUAAAAUUCUUAUUUUGGAAUUGUUUCAAGCAAAAGUACAUUCGCCACUUUUUUUCAACCGAACAAAGGAAGCCUCUUUUUAUUCUGUGUAUGUUGUUACACUUAUUAGACGAGUUCAAAGGUAUAUGAGAAAAAAACCAGAAAUUCCACUUUCUCAACAGGAAAAAUUAAAGGAACAAGAAGUAAAGAAAGAAGAAUUAGCGGAAAAAAAAUUAGAAGAAUUUCUAUUAACGCAAAAGGAAGAAAAAGCAAAACUAGAAGAAGAUAAACAAAUAAAAGUAGCCGAAACCUGGGAUACCGUCCCGUUUGCUCAACUAAUAAGGAGUUUGAUGUUAAUGACUCAGUCCAUUUUUAGAAAAUAUAUUUUAAUUCCUUUAUUGAUAAUAGCAAAAAAUAUUGUUCGUCUACUAUUAUUCCAACGUGCUGAGUGGUCUGAAGAUUUCGAUGACUGGAGUAAAGAACGACAUAUUAAAUGUACCUAUAAUGGUGUUCAAUUAUCAGAAACCGAAUUUCCUCAAGACUGGUUAACAGAUGGUAUUCAGAUAAAGAUAGUAUUUCCUUUCUAUCUAAAACCUUGGCACACAUCCCGAGAUCUAAUAAAAAAACAAAAUCAACCAGAUGAUUAUUGUUUUUUAACAGUUUUCGGAACAGAAACUGAGAAAUCC